AGCGAAAGAACAAAAACCACAGUAAACCUUCAUCUCUCUUUCAAAGACUCCUGCUGUCAUUUCGAUCGCAGCCAUGAUCGGGGUCCAAGAAUCGAAGGCGGUCUUCUCUCUGCUGAGCUCGUCGGAGUCUCGCCCCUUCGAUGAGAUCUUCAGUGACUUCAGCUCUCAGUUCCCGCGCGAUUCCCGUUUCAGGAUCUGCUGCGCCAUUGCGAUCCUCUUACAGGAGAAGGUUCUCAACUCAAGCGAGCGUUUGGGUGCAUUUGCUAUCCUGCAUCAGGCUUAUUCCUCUCAGCCACCCUCUUCUAACCCUUUUCUUUCCUUUCUCAUAGAUGCUGCAUGUGAUGAUGAGGCUGAGCAAACAGAAACAGUGUUUAUUCAGCUGUUGUUGGGAUCAAUUGCUGCAACUAAAGACAAAGAGGCUCUGAAGCUGUCAGCUGCAGAUUACCUGAAAGGAUUUGAUUCCUCAUCAUAUGUUUUAUGGCAGCGGGAACAGUUGCAAAAGCAACAUGGUUAUGAAGUGCAAGCUGAGGCCUAUAACAGUUUUUUCGGAGCUGCAUCCGUAAAGAACAUUUUAUCAGAUCCAGACAUACCUCGUGGCUGCGAUCCAAACUCGGCAGAAUUUAAGCCUGCACCGCCGAGAACCAAACCAAGAAUAGGGUCUGGGAAUAGGGAUGCUGCUAUAACCGAUUUGCUUCAGAACUCGCGUUUAGAAGGACUAGGCCCCCAAUGGAUACGACCGUUGCCACCAAUGCUUCCAGUGCUCGAUGGAGAGCUCAUGUGGCUCAAUCCUGACAACAACCAUGAGUUAUUAUGGGAUCAUGGCAUGUGUGCUGACACAAGUCGUGGGGCAGCACUCAGAGAUUUGAUAGCAAAAGCCUUGAAGAGCCCACUUAUGCCUGCUCAACAAGAGCAAGUCCUCCUAGAGCUUAAUAAUGACCCAAAGCUCGUCUAUCACUGUGGCAUUACUCCUCGGAAGUUACCAGAAUUAGUGGAAAACAACCCUCAUAUUGCUGUUGAAGUUCUAAUAAAGUUGAUGAAUUCUACUGAAAUUGCAGAGUAUUUCACUGUUCUCGUGAAUAUGGACAUGAGCCUACAUUCUAUGGAAGUUGUGAACAGGCUUACAACCUCUGUUGAGCUCCCAACAGAGUUUGUGCACAUGUACAUCACAAAUUGCAUAUCAUCCUGUGAAAACAUCAAGGACAAGUACAUGCAGAACAGACUGGUGAGAUUGGUUUGUGUUUUUCUACAGAGUCUCAUCCGAAAUAAGAUCAUAAACGUGCAAGAUCUUUUCAUCGAAGUUCAAGCUUUCUGCAUUGAGUUCUCCAGGAUCAGGGAAGCUGCAGGCUUGUUCAGGCUACUAAAAACUUUGGAACUACUAAAAACUUUGGAAUAGAUUAUCCAUGUCCUUUAUCCAUCUUUUAUGCAUCUCUAGAUUGGUAAUCAUUCUAUUCUACAUCUGUCCUGUACACCAUGUGUAUUUCUUCUGCUCAUAAUACUAUAUUUGGGUGAAAAUUAACAAGACACAUGAUCUUCAUUUUUUUCAUUGAUCAAAAACAGUUGUACUUGUGGUUUAGGAGUUCAUGUCAUUUUAAUGCCUCUUUAGACCUCAGGGAAAUACAAUGUAUAUAUCAAAUUUUAUAUGUCAUUUGCUUAUGUUUAUGUGUA